CUAAACUCACCCUAUCACAUAUACGCUAUAUCUCCUCUUGUUCCUGUUGUCUUUUUAUCUUCAAAAUAUUUACACGUUGUCGCUAAUAAUUUUAAUAUUUGUUUAAUAUUUUUAUUUGGUUUAUUUGUAGACUGAACAUAACCAUCGUUCAUUGCACAGAAAGCAUUAUAAUUCUCGAUAUUCCUCUUUUUUAAGGCUAAUGGCACGCACAACGCUUUCGCUAAUAGCCGUGGCGUGGCUCCUGGCUGCGUCUCGAGUAAAUGCUGGUCCGAUUGCCAUAGCUGGCGAUAAUGCUGCAACCGCAGCAGAGCUUGCCAGUCUCGGCGGUCUCCUGCAGGCCCUCGGUGCUGGAGUCAUCGGCAACGGGGCUCUCCAUUACCCCACUGCUGCUACCUCGCACCAACGCGCCGAGUCCGAGAUUCUUGCCUCUGACACAGCCACGCGCAUUCUCAAUAAGGUCAAGUCGAUCCUCAAGGAUGGAGGAAUUAAUGACGACGAGGAUGAUAACGGCGACGAUUCCUCCAAAUCUGUCACCUACAUGAUCAAGCCCGCACUGAUCUUCCACAAGGAGGAGCUGCCCCCGCCCAACCCGCUUGCCGGCAACGUCAUUCCUUUGCCCGGAGGUGCCAUGCUCUACACGCCGACGCCCACGGGAAAUAUCAACGGCGAGCCCACAAAUGGCCCUGCUGCCAGCAUCAAGGCGGCAUACGGUAACCUGUUUGCUGCCUCUCCCUACACGCCUUCGUACACGCUGAACAAGCCCCAUGCAGCGGUUAUUAUUGAGGAAAUCACCGACAUUCUGAGCCUCAAGAGCGCCCUCAACCGCAUGGAGGAAGCCGGCGAGGAUGUCAGCGAUGACGAGGAUGAGGAUGAUGACUAUUCCCGCAAGCACAGGGGCAAGAAGAACGUGAAUAUUGUUAGUCUCGAGACUAUCGAUCCGACGUCGGCCUUUAUUAACCCAUUCACGCGCGCCGACUUCCCCUUUGGCCUGAUGACCCCGGCGCCACUGCCCACCGUUGCGCCCAAGAAGUUGGACGAGGAGGAGUCUAUUUCCAAGAAGGUCGAGAAGAAGACCAUCAAGAAGGCCCUCCCUAAACCCUCCACCAGUGCCAGCUCCAGCGCGCAGAUCAGGGCAUCAAUGGGUAGCGACGGUGGCAUCACCAUCAUCAAUGACGGUGUCAUGUUCACACCCUCGUCCAGCGCCACAACCCAUGGGACCACCAUUAUAAUCCCCGCCGCGUCGUUGCAAAGCUCAUCAAGCCCAUCGCCCACCAGCUCCAGUGCAUCCCCCACGCCAUCCUCCAGCGAGCUGCCGGCAACUAGCUUCAGCUCCAGCUCUUCCUUGAUCAUCCACGAGGAGGCAUCCUCCAACGAGGAUAUCAAGGCCAAUGAAGUUUUGCGCUUUGCCAAUAUGCACCACUCCACCUCCGCCCCAGUCAAGGCUGACCUUGGCGGCAACACGCAGGCUGGAAGUGUCCGUCGUGACAUUUUCGCUACGUCCAAUGACCCGCUGACCAUUGCCGAGCCCACUGUUGAGAUGUACGUGGCCUCGAGCCUCUCGAGCCUGGCCAUGUCUGCAGACUCCAACGAGGUUGCUUCGCCCGCCGUGACCAUCGGCAGCAGCUAUGCCAGCCCUGAGACCCACGCCGAUGGCAUUACCUCGGCGGAUAUCGGUGCUCAUUCUUUGGAAGUUCCCAAGCGCCGCAAAAUGCACAUUGUGCAUGUCUACGAGGUCAAGAAGAACAAGCAGUCAGGCAGCGCCGAAUCAGUUACCAUUGCCACGUCGACCUCGGCCAUGCUGCGCAAGCGUGAUAUGAUGCCCAUAUAUGAUAUUGUUGCGCCCAUUGUUGGUGCUGCACAGGCGUCCUCGGUGCAGACAUCCAUGGUGCUCAACACGCCAUAUGUGGAUAUCCGUGUCAACAGCAUGCAGCGUCUUCAGGUUGAUGAGGAGGAUGACGAUGAUUACAGCGAUAUUGAGGACGAUACUGGCAACAUGGAGGAAGGUGAGAGCGAUGUUGCUCGCGACAGAUUGGCUAACUCUGAAUUUGAGAAGGCCGCUUCGGAUGUUGUUGCUGAGCAGUCCUCGGUUGAGUCCUCAGCUGAGCCAUCAAUCGGGUCGUCAGUUGAAUCUGCUUCAGAGUCUGCAAGCCUAUUGUUGAAUGCUGCUCCUGCUGCUACCACUGACGUGACCUUGUCGGAUGUUGCCCUAUCGUCUGUUUUGGCCGAGUCGUCGUCGAUUUCUGUUGAGUCGUCAUCGGAUAAGGCAGCUGUGCUUAGCAAGAGCCCGCGUAGUAUCACUAGGAAGCCCCGCAUUGUUACUGUCACGGAAACCUCCGCUACUGCUGUGACAACCUUGUCUACCGCCGCGGUGUCCUCAACCAGCGCCGUGUCUACAUCUGCCACCGCUGUGUCAACCACCGCCGCUAUCACUGAAUCCACCUCCGUUGUUGCCGACUCUACUCAGGCAGGCAAGGAGGGUGAGGAUGAAGAUGAGGAUGAGGAUGAGGUUGUAGAUGCUUCCGAGUUCAACGACCCUGCCCUUGCUACCCGCAACACCUCUUUCAAGCCAUUGGUUAUUGAGACAAUCAGCGGUGACAAGAUAUUUACGGCCACCACUGAAGCAUCAAGCCCCAUAGGCGCAGUGACCAGUGCUGACAACAACAGCGAUGAUAGUGCUGAUGGAAGCGAUAUUAGCACUGAAGGCGACAUAAACACCGAAAGCGAUGCUGAAAGUGACUCUGAUUCCGACAACGAGUCUGAUGUAAAGAGAAACGCCGGCGAUGAUUCUGGCAGCGAAAGCGACAGCGACAGCGAGGAGAAGAGCAAUAACGAGGCUGAUGCCGAGGCUGCCCAGCCCAAGAGACACCUGGCCAACAACCCGCUCACGGUGGAAGAGGGAGAGGAGGGUGACUUCAACCCUUUCCACGCUAUCCAGCGCAUUGCUGCCAUUGGUCUGCGCGAGGCUCAGCAGGCUUUGAAGGAUUAUGAGAUGAACUCGGAUGUUAGCGACAUUGAGAUGCUGACCACCAAGGAUGCCAAGCCCGCUGCCACGGUUGCCUCAAUUACAGAGGCAGUGAUCAGCCCCGUGUCCGAGGCCAGCACCGCGACUGAGGUCAACUCUGUGUUUGAUAUUAAUGCUGCACCCAGCUCCACGGUCUCGAACGAUUCUGUUGCCGCGUCUAGCUCCAGCCCUCUGGCUGAAACCAUCGUUGUGUCCAGCGUAGUGGCUAACUCCACCCCGGCGUCUGAACCAAGCCCCAAGGCUGUACGCGCAGCUGCUGACAAGGAUUCGGGCUCUGACAAAGAUUCCGACAAGGACUCUGAGAAGGAUAGCGACAACUCCGAUUCUGAUUCCGACUCUGACUCCGACUCUAACAAGAGACGCAAGAAGGCCAAUUCGGACAGCGACUCUGACAAGGACUCUGACAACGAUAGCGAUGACGAGAUGACCCGUCCGCUCAAGAAAAAGAAGAACAGCGCCAACCGCGACGAAAGAAUUGCAUUGCCCGGCAAUAUGAACACUGACGCUGACCUCGACAACGAUGCUGAGGAUGAGGCCUUGUCUGAGGCUGCUGCCGAGUCUGUCAACCAGGUGAUCAACCAGAUUGCUUCCGAGCUCGACAACGUUGCCAGUGAUUCUGUUGAGAGCGAUUUCGGCGGUGUUGUCCGCGCCUUUGCCAGCGAGGACAAUGCCAGCGAGGACAAUGCCAGUGAGGAAGAUGCAAGCGACCUCAGCGGUGAUGCUAGUGACGAAGGCGACAACGAUGACAAUUCUGAGGCCAAGUUUGCCGACAGCAUUUCGAACCUUGAAUUUGAGUAUGAGACCAACAACGGGGUAAAUUCUGAUGGCGAGGAGGUCCAGUUCAUUACGCAGAUGGUCCCCGAAGAGGUUCUCAGGAAGCUCAAUGCCAAAGAGACACCCAGCAUUGUCUUCAGGGAUACUAUCGACGAAGAGUAUGAGGAGGAGUACUUUGCGAGCAGCAGAAACAUGCCGGCGCACAACGCUUUGGUUGUCGCGCCUGCAAACAGAGUCAUGAUCCCUACGCCUGUACUCAAGGCUGCAAUCCCUACGCCCGCUCCGGCUCCAGUAUCUAUAGGCCACAAUGUGCUUGUGAAUUCUUUUGAGCUGCCUGCAACCCACCUCCAGCGGAAUGUCAUUGACUCCAUGGACUCUAACCCCGAGAAGCUUGUCCGCGGCGCUGAUGCCACAUCUGAUAUUGGACUCAUCAGGGAGAGCCAGAACCGAGCCAUGAACAUUGGCAUGGGCAACCUCCGUCGCUAUGUUUGA